AUGCUUCUGGUGAUUAUUCUUGCCUGGUUAUCAGUGGCCAAGUCUCUUGAUUCCCAGUUUUCAGCUUUGCGUAGAGAAGAAGAACUUGAGAAAGAGAUGGAAAGAGUAGCUGUUGUUAAGAUACAAGUGGUGGCUAAGGAUGAAGAUGGAAAUGGUUCUCUUGCAAGUGUUCCACUGUUGAAUCAAACAGCUGGUGGUGACUCCUCAAGGGAUGUUGCUUUUAGAAUCUUGGAGAGCAUAAACAAAGUUAAGCUAAGAGGACUUCAAGGUGUUUUUCAAGAUACUUUAGAGGUAGAAACUCGGAUUUAUGUAUGUGAUAUUAAGCCUCAGAUGUUAAAUGUUGGCAGACAGCAUGCCUUGGAGAAGGGUAAAUGA